AAUUUUUCCUUGAUUGUGACAAAAUCACCAACGAUAAUCCAAUUUAAUCCAUAAAAAAAACCUUCGGUAGGUACAAAUAUGUUUACUUCUCGCUCCUCUAAGUCCAACCAUUGAUCUCACCUGAAUCCAGAUUAACAAUCAACAGCAGUUGAAAAACAACCAAGUUGAUAUUUUCCAUCGAUUAUUGUGAUGAUCGGAGCAGCUUAAUGUAUAUUUCUCUCUACAGAUAACUGUGUUCUCUUUUCUUUUGUUUAUCCAAGAUACAAACAACAUUUUUAUCACUUUUGUUUACGGUUUUGGAAGUUAAUUAGCUGUUAAUUUACUUGGAAAAAGAACUAUGGCUCUUCGGGUUAAUUUUACCAAAGGUUGGCCUUUAACCAGAAAUUUAUCUCGUUCGUUGAAAACUUGGUCCUCUGCAAGCAUUGCUGAUUACAAUUAUUUGAUGAAAAGUGAUCUACCCACUGAUCACUAUCAAACGAGUUUACCGCAAUUACCCAUUCCCAGGUUAGAAGACUCUUGUCAUCGUUAUUUAAACGCAGUGAAACCAUUAAUUGCUGAUGAUGACCAGUUUACCAAAACGGUGGACAUUGUUGGUAGCUUUAAAAUUGGUAUUGGUCAGCAAUUACAGAAUCAUCUUUGUGAAAAGAAUCGAGCUCUUCGUCAUACAAGUUACAUUGCUGAUGAUUGGAUGGACUCAUAUUUAUCAUCAAGAUGUCCACUCCCUCUAAACUACAAUCCUUUCCUCAUUCUUCAAAAUGAUCCGGAAAUUGAAUACAAUCAACCUUGUAUCAAAGCAGCCAACUAUUUAAUCAGUUGUCUUCGUUAUAGACGAUCGUUACUCGAUAACGUUCUGGAGCCUGAUAUAACCAUCUCAAAAUCAAAAAAUGUUGACUCUAAAUCGACCACAAUUGCUUAUGAUAUGAGCCAACACCAAAAUCUAUUUGGUUCAACUCGAAUUCCUGCUCUGAAUUUUGAUUUCUUGCAAACAUAUCCCGACUCUAAGCAUAUUAUUGUCAUGAAGCGUGGACAUUUUUAUUGUUUCAAUGUGCUUGACGAUAGUGGUAAUUUAAAAACACCUAAUUAUAUUUACUCUUGUCUCAAACACAUUUGGGAUAAACCAGAUGAAUCAAAAACAGAUCAUCAUCUUUCAUGGUUAACCUGUUUACCUCGUGAUGAUUGGGCUCGUGCAAGGACACAUUUACUUGAGAAUCCAAGUAACGUUGCCCACUUUGCCCUCAUCGAUUCAGCUUUGACAUUUAUUUGCUUCGAUAUUGAUGUUGAUUUUGACGAUAUCACCGAUCCGAUCAGGCAACGUGAACUUUAUGCACUCAAUGCUUUACAUGGGAUCCCGUUUUCAGAUCGAUUCUCAGAUUUACAACAGUUUACAUUGAAUCGUUGGUUUGACAAAUCAUUUUCAACAAUAUUCACUAAAAAUGGGACCACUGCAAUUAACUUUGAACACAGUUGGGUUGAUGGUGUUACCAUGAGCCGUUUCUAUGAUAGAGUUUAUGCCGAUUUCACUAAGAAUCGUUUCGUCAGUUCUAGUGAAAAUUUCGAUCGUAAAGUUUUUGGAGAUGUUAAGGAAAUCUCAUUUGUUCUCGACGAGGGAUUCAAGUCACACAUCGAAUUAGCUAAAAAAACUCAUAAAAGAGAAACAAGUAAUCUGGAACUAAAUUACAUCCACGAAAACAAUUUAAAUCGGGCUUAUCUUAAGUCAAUGAAGCUAAGCCCUGAUUCAAUGUUUCAUUUAGCAUUUCAAAUGGCCUUCUUCAAAAUCUCAUCAGGAAAAACUCCAGCCACCUAUGAAUCUUGUUCAACAUCACAUUUCAAACAUGGUCGAACGGAAACAAUUAGAGCUGCCACAUUAUCUACGCAAAAAGCUUGCAAAAUGUUUCAUAUUUCUCGAAGCAAUUACUCCAAUGCUGAAUUAAGAUCGAUAAUCAAUGAAUCAUCGGCAACUCAUUCGAAACUUGUCAAGGAAGCUUCAAUUGGACAAGGAUUCGACAGACAUUGGUUCGCUUUGAAAAAUAUUGCAGAAAAACAAGGAAUGAAAGACGUUUCUCUCUUCAAGGAUCAAUCGUAUCAAGAUGCUAAUCAUUUUACCCUUUCAACUUCCCUGUUGUAUGCUGGUAAUCUAAUCGGCGGUGGUUAUGGACCCGCUGUUUCCGAUGGUUUUGGUUUAGCUUAUGGUUUUGUUGGAAAUGAUAUGGGUGUUUAUUGUACUAAUUGGAAAGAUAAUCGAAAUGGAAAUGAAUUUUCUCAAGCUGUCAAAGAAUCUAUGAAAGAUAUUCAUUCCAUUCUUGAAUCAACCUAAAUGGAGCAAAUUGUUAUUAAUUGUCAACCUAAUUUCCAUUAGACAAACAAGCAUAAGAAAGCUACCCGGUGACAAAACCCAUUUCUUUGUUGUAAAAGCCUUAAUUUUCCCUAAGCUUUUCCUAUCAUCAUCAUCAUCAUCAUCGUCGUCAUCAUCUUCAUUUAAUUAAUAUCAUUUAUAAAAGUAAUUAUCAUAACACUGUUAAAAUCUUAAACUAAAUCAACUGCUAGUGUUGCUACACAAGGUUACGUUUGAUGAUUAACUUUUCCUUUGCUUGAAGCAAACUUUGUUAAUCACCUUAAAUUGUUUAAUCAUCAUUAUAAUGAUUAACUCCUGAUUAAUCAUUUAUCUUGUGAUUUUCAAAAAUCAUGAUUAUUGUUUAGAAACAAAGAAAACUCAAAAACAAUUUUGUAAAAUCGUUCAAGAAAUUUAUAAACAAUAUUUUGUUCACUUAUCAAAUCAAAUCAAUUAAAUCAAAUGCACAACUAA